AUGAAAGCUGGUUAUACUAGUAUAGGAAAUAAAAUAGAAAAAAAAAUAAGUAAAAAAAAUGAAGGAAAUUCAAAUAUAAAAAAAUUUUUUUUUUUUCAGAAAAAAAAUGGUAAAAAUAAAUUUUAUGGGGAACGUUUUAAAUUAAAAAUCAAUAAAAAAAAAGAAAAAAACACUAGUAACCUUAAUGCACAAAAUAAUACAAAUAAUUUACAAGGAAUAAUUGAUAAGUCUAAAAGUGCUAAUACCGAUGAAAUAAAUGAAGAUAACCAUUUAGAAGAAAAGUCGAAAAUAAAUAACGAAAAAAAAAUAAAAAGUAUAAAAAUUAAUUUUAAUAAUCACAUAAAAAAAUCAGUUUCUUCUAAAUUUUAUUUUGAAGGGGAUAAUAAUAAAUUACCGAAACUUUCAAAUAAUUAUUCAUUUAAAAAAACUGAAUUAUUUCCGAAAAAUAAAAUUGAAUUAUCAAUGAAAAAUAUUAAAGAAAUAUCAGAUUCAUUAAAAUCAGAAAACAUAUAUGAAUCUGAUUCUUAUGGAAAAUUUUUUGAAAUAAAUAAUGAAGCUAAACGUGAAUUAUCAGAGCAUGUAAAAACAUUAAUAAUCAGUAAAAACGAUUCUAAUAUAGAUUUUAAAACAAAAGAAAUCUUUAGUGAUGAUGAAGAAAGUGAAUAUCAGAAUUUUAAUAAAUUAAAGACAUUAUAUGAGAGUGCUCAUGCAACUACUAGAUUUUUUCUAACAAAAAUUAUUAAUAGCAAAGAAUAUAUUGAAAGAAAUAUACCACUAUAUGAUGAUAUAUUAAAUAAGAAUAGUGAGUCAUUAUUUAAAAAAUUAGAUAUUUUCGAUGAAGAUGAAAAAGUAGAUAACUGUGAACAAGGAUAUGAUAUAGUAGAUAGUAUAUGUGAGUAUUUCACUUAUUUAAUGUCUUUAACAUUAAUCAAAUGA